UGGGCCCCUGUACCGCCUCCUCAUGCUGCUGCCAGGCCCGUAAUCUGCCAUGGGCCCUGUACCGACUCCUCAUGCUGCUGCCAGGCCCGUAAUCUGUCAUGGGCCCCUGUACCGCCUCCUCAUGCUGCUGCCAGGUCCAGAGUGUGUCAUGGGUCCCUGUACGGCCUCCCAUUGCUGCUGUCUCCAUCGCCACACUCUGCCAUGUGCCACUUUCAGGUCUCCUCACACUGCUGGUGGGUUCCAUUUUUUGUCAUAGGGUGCUGUAUGGCCUCCCAUUGCUGCUGCCUCCACCGCCACACUGUGGCUCCACACUCUGGUUUUGGCCCCGUGAAUGCCCAAAUGAGUGAAGUGUGCGGUGAUUCUAAGAUCGACGGCACUCAUCUGCAUGUCAUACUGACUGACAGUAUUAUUUUCUCUUCCCCAGCAGGCUCCAAG